AUGACGGCCGAGGUGCAACAGCCGCAGGGCCAGGACGAGCGGGCCGCGGCCGGGGGGCCAGCGCAGACCUGCAGUUUGCUCCUAAGCCAGCUGAAAGAGAUCACGGGCAUCCACAAUCCGCAGUUCCUCCAGGCGGCACUGAAGGCUGCAGAUGGAAACCUCAUGCAGGCGGUUGGCUUCCUCACAGAAGUCAGUGACCGAGAGUCAGAGGGAGCCCCCACUGCUUCCGACUGUGAGGGAAGGGAAAGACAGGCCACCGCUCAGGAUGAGAGCCCCCAAGAGGAUGCUGAUCUUCAGGAACCAUCUCCUUCAGAUGGCCAAGAUUUCUCAACCGGGAAGAAGGAUUUUGCUGCAACAAUGAAUGCAGCCUGCGAGCCGAGCGUAGCCGAAAACAAAAACCGUUCCAAAAGGAAACGCUGUGAAGUUUGGGGAGAGAACACCACUCAGCGUGACUGGCGGCGGGUCAGCGGAUGGCCAGUUGGGAUGAAGAACAUUGGAAACACCUGCUGGUUCAGUGCAGUCAUACAGUCUCUCUUCCAGCUGCCAGAAUUCCGGCACCUGGUGCUCAACUAUUCCCUGCCGGAAGCCAUCCUUGACAACUGCCGCAGCCGAAAUGAAAAGAGGAACAUUGCAUUCAUGCAGGAACUCCAGUAUCUCUUUGCUUUAAUGCUGGGAACACACCGCAAAUUUGUAGACCCAACGACCGCCCUUGAACUUCUGAAAGGGGCAUUCAGGUCUCCCGAGGAGCAACAGCAAGAUGUGAGCGAGUUCACCCACAAACUCCUGGACUGGCUUGAAGAUGCUUUCCAGCUGACAGUGGAUGUUGAGAAUUCCCGGGACAAAUCGGAGAACCCCAUGGUUCAACUUUUUUAUGGGACUUUUCUAACUGAAGGGGUUCACGAAGGCAAGAGGUUUUCCAAAAUCGAGACCUUUGGCCAGUAUCCCCUGCAGGUUAACGGCUACAAGAAUUUGCAUGAAUGCUUGGAAGGAGCCAUGGUGGAGAAGGAGAGCGAGUCGGACCCUUCCAAGCAGACGGUGACAUAUACGCAAGAGCGCUGGUUUACAAAGCUGCCCCCAGUGCUGACCUUUGAACUUUCCCGGUUUGAGUUCAAUCAAUCCCUCGGGCAGCCAGAGAAGAUUCACAACAAGCUAGAAUUCCCGCCAGUCAUUUACAUGGAUAGGUUCAUGUAUGGCAAUAAAGAAAUUAUUCAAGCUAAAAGAGAAGAGAUCGGGAAACUGAAAGAACAGAUGAACGUUCUACAGCAGCAGUUGGAAAAGUACCUGAGAUACGGUUCCGGCACAGACCGCUUCCCUUUGCCGGAUAUGCUGCAGUCAGUUCUUGAAUUUGCCAGGACCAAACUUUCCUGCGCAGCAACUAUGACAACAGCAGAAACGAAGGCAGAAAAAGAAUCAUCGGAAACGCAUAGCCAGCCAAGCAGGCGCCCAGGGGAGACGUCAGAUGAGCCCCUUCCUCCUCGGGCCAUCUCCGAAGAUGAGAUGAGUCUGGUCAUUUCCUGCCUGCAGCAGUGGAGGGAGGAGGUUGAGCAAGACAUGGAAGACUUGAAGACUUCCAUGCUGAGGCUUUCUGAGUCGAUGGAUCAUGUCUAUGCUGAUCCUCAACUCUGCCAGGUCCCUUAUCGCUUGCACGCUGUGUUGGUCCACGAAGGCCAGGCCAAUGCUGGCCAUUACUGGGCCUACAUCUACGGCCUGCCUCAAAAGACCUGGCUUAAGUACAACGACAUCGCCGUGACAGAAUCCUCCUGGGAAGAACUGGAAAGGGAUUCAUUUGGCGGCUUGAAAAACGCUAGCGCCUAUUGCCUCAUUUAUGUUAGUAAAAAACUACCACACUUUGCAGCAGUUUAUGAUGAUGGGCAACCAGAGAGAGAAGUAGAAGUGCUGCCUCUGGAACUUCAGCGUUACAUCGAAGAAGACAACUGGAGGGUAGAACAGGAGAUGGCUGAACUGGAAGAACAGUCCUGCAAAAUGGCCCAGAUAGAGCAAUCCUCGUCCCCUGUGGAGUCCCAGAACCUGUCUUCUGACUCAAGCCAAGAACACUCCUUCCCCUGCGAGGGUGGGCCGCAUUCGCUCUCCUCUGAGCACGCCGUGAUGGCUAAGGAGCAGACUGCCCAAGCCAUCGCCAAGACGGCCGAUGUCUACGAGAAGGAUGGCAUCCCGGCCGCUCUGGACCAGCCCAAGGAGGCAGAUCCAGAGAAGGCCCCCUCAGAGGAAGGCAGCCCCACGGCGCAGGCAGAAGAGCCCCAGGAAGCGGAGCGGAUGGAGCCUUCUGCCCCACCCAGCUCUCAAGUCUCGGAGGUGGAGAUCCCCAGUGUGGGGAAGAUCCUCGUUAGGUCAGAUGCGGACGGCUAUAACGAGGAGGUGAUGCUUAGUCCCGCCAUGCAAGGGGUGAUCCUGGCCAUUGCUAAAGCUCGUCAGACCUUUGAUCGCGAUGGGUCUGAAGCAGGGCUAGUCAAGGCAUUCCGUGAAGAAUACUCCAGACUCUACUCAUUGUCAAGAGAGACCCCAACGCCCCAGAGUGACCCCCGCCUUCAGCAUGUCUUAGUUUACUUGCUGCAGAACAGCGCCCCCAAGCAGGUGGUGGAACGGACCCUCCUGGAGCAGUUUGCAGACAGAAACCUCAGCUACGAUGAAAGGUCAAUUAGCAUUAUGAAGGUGGCACGAGAAAAGCUGAAAGGAAUUGGCCCAGAUGAGGUGGACAUGGAAGAGUACAAGAAAUGGCACGAAGACUACAGCUUGUUCCGCAAGGUGUCCGUUUAUCUCUUGACCGGGUUGGAGCUGUAUCAGAAGAACCAGUACUGCGAGGCUCUGACCUAUCUGGUGUACGCCUACGAGACCAACUCCGUCCUGCAGGCCAAAGGGCCCAGCCGGGGCGCGGACUCCGCCCUGAUCGCUCUUUACAGAAGGAAGUGCCUCUUGAGGCUGAACGACGCCGCAGCUGCCCUCUUUGAAAGCAGCAAUGGGAAGGAAGUGGACGAGGGGGUGAGCGUCUUGAACGAGCUGAUCAUCCCCUGCAUGCACCUUAUCAUGAACAACCAUGUCUCCAGAGACGACCUGGAUGCCAUUGAGGUCAUGAGGAACCGCUGGUGCGCCUACCUGGGAAAGGACGUGGGUGAGAAGCUGCAAAUGAAGCUGGGUGAAUUUCUGCCCCGCCUGCUGGAUUGUUCUCCGGAAGGAGUGGUUCUGAAGGAGCCCCCCAAGAUCCGCCCCAACUCGCCCUACGAUCUCUGCAGCCGGUUCGCAGCUGUUAUGGAGUCCAUUCACAGGGCCUCGGCGGUGGCCGUGAAAUAAGGCAGCGAGCCCUCUCGGCUUAAACCCUGGAGGCCCCUGAGCCCCCCAGGAGUGGAAUCUGGGGGGGCAGACAACUCUGGGAAGGCUCCUCGAGGAGAGGGACUGUGCUGAGAGACUCCACUGUCAGCCUGAACAGCGAUGCGGUGCAUGUCUAGGGAAGAGCUGGCAGGUGUGGGGCUCUUGGACAUGCACCAGUUGCAUGCAGGCAUGGGUUUUGGAACGCCCAAUGAGGUUCCCCGUUAAUGAUUGACUUUAGUUCCUGCAAGGAGCUUGGGAGCGUUUUUGGAAGAACUCUGCCACUUUAAACUAAGCGUUGUAUAUAGACAAUUCCAUCUUGCCGAGUUGGUGCUUUAUCUGGCCAGUGGUUUAAGGUGCUUCUUGAGAGCAUUCUGUUGUGUGGACCCCUUUAACUUUAAAGGCACCUGCCUGCCACCCGUGCUGGUCUCCCGUGUGUUGAUUUGGCACUGCUGGGCUCCAUGAACGGAUCAGCCCACGGCAGUGCAACUGAUUGUGAGGAGGACUGCGUGGAAUACUGGCGAGGGGCCCUUGACCCUCGCUGACUUUCAAGCAUAGCAAGUUCAGGCAUAAGUCAUCGCCAGGAGGUUAAAUAGCACGUGGGGCAGUUUUGGUAAAGGAACUUUAAUUGUAAACCAGGUUUACUUGCAGUGACACAAUACAUGUGUUAGCAGUCCAUCUGCUCUCUUAGGCAGCCAUUCUUAUGGGUGAACCACUUGGCAUGCAGAUGCUGCCCUGGCUGCUGGUUUAGGAACUGGCAUUUGUGCCAGGGGAGGAAGAGGAGGAGGAGGAGGACAGUAAUGCAGAACCAGCAGAAGGGAGAGAUCGGAAGCAGCUUCCUUGAACCUUCCCCCAAAUAAUUUCUUGAAUGUCAAUCACCGAAGUUUAAUUACUAGGGUAGUAUUGGCAAAGUACGCACUGAAGUCAGGAUAAAACCAAGUUGAAUAAGUCACACUUUUAAUGGUUAUAUUUUUCCUCAAGAUCUUUUAAAGCAACCUGUUUUUAUUAGAAUGCUAACAAAUUGAGAUGAAAAUACAAAUCUGAUGAGAUUUCUGGUUUCAAAGUGCAAUAAAUAUUACCCUAAAGAUA